GAUGGGCUUUUGGCUAUACUUUUGAAAUGCGGAAAAAGCUUGUGGGUUUUCACACAUUAGAAAACAACUAACAAAGAAAGCUAAGAUGGAUCCCAUUAAUAUGAUGCAUGUUUGACAAUUCUACUAUCUCGCUUGUAAGAUUAGUGAGCAGGAAAAUGUUUUGAAAAGGUAACCUGCUACAAUCAUCACCCUAAAACCCUUUUCAUGUCAUUACUUACAAGAAAGUCUUGCUUAGAAAUUUGUUUAGAUAAGAUGACACAGGUAUCUGGAUUACAGACUUAUUUAGUACUCCCCUUUGGUCACCUGUACUCGAUGCAGCAGGUGUGUUUUCAGUCACUAACUUGACUUAAGACCUAAAAUCACAUAGCAGUGUUAGUAGCUUUUAGCAAAUGGAGACACAGACACACUGACUCUACUUGAAAAUAGUGUUUUCACAAUAGUUCUGGUAAGGAAUCGCUUUGUAGCGAUUUGACUCUGUGUCGGUUCGGUUCAAUUUGAUCUGAUUUACAGAGAUGCCUAAUUAACAAACCAGAGGCAAUUGUUGCAGGGAAAAUCUCACUAAACUAGUUGGAUUUCUCUUUUUAAAUAUUCUUUAAGAUGCUAUGUAGGUUUUGUUUUUGUUUGUUAGGUUUUUUUCGAUACACAUCACAGUAUAAAGAAUAAACAAUAAUCAACCUAAUAAAUGUCAGAUAAGGAAAAUAAAUUACAAAGAUGAACAAUUAAAAAACAACACCAACAAAUCAAUAGAAAGUACUGUACAUAACAGUAUGGUAUAAGAUAGUUAAUGCAGUGAUUAGUUUAUUAUUUUGUUUUUGUUUUGUAAUAUUUAUUAUUGUACAGCACCAGCAGGGGGAGACAUUUGAACAGGUAAAAUAGAACUAAAAUAAAAUUGUGUAAUAUUUGAGUAUCUCAGUAAGUUGUUUUAAUAUUACUAAGUUUUUCAGUGUUACUGUUUCUCUCGUCCUGCCUGUCAGUCAUAAAUAUAAACAAAUGAACCUCAUGAAUAUCGUAGUCAGUACUUCUCUGCUUGGAUUCAAUCACACAGUGACAUCAACAGUUUGUAUUGGUCCUUUAAACACAAAAGGCAAAGUGUUUUGCAUUAGAUAUUUUACCUGGAAAAAAAGUGGGUAGCUUAGAUUGUCACAUACUGGUCAAGACAUUCAGUGGAGUGCCUGGUUCAAGGCAAGCUCAGAGGAACCAAAUUUUCUUUAUCGACUUCAACAAGACACCAAUGAUGCAGAGUCUCUUCAUUCUCCUUUAUCUCACAGGAAUUUUCCCUCUGAUACCUUCUCUUCCUCGUAAGUACUAUCUGAUUAGUGAGCAAAAAACAUGGAGCGAAGCACAGGCGUAUUGUCAAGCCAACAAAACCGACUUGGCUAUGAUCGAAAGUAGUGAUGAGAUGCUUCAACUUCAAAGUGUUGCUCAGAGCCAAACAUUUACUUCCAGUGCCUGGAUUGGACUGUAUAAUGACAUUAAAAGUUGGCGCUGGUCAUUUGAAAAUGCACCACUGGGAUCUUUGAGUUAUUGGGAUUCUAAUCAGCCUGAUAACCAUAAUGGAAAUGAAGAAUGUGCUUUAACAAAUCAGGGGAAGUGGGAUGAUAAGCCAUGCACAGAAGACCAUGAAUUUAUAUGCUUUCAUGACACGGUAUCUGACAGUAGGUACAUUUAUGUCCCGCAAAAGAAGAAGUGGCAUGAUGCCCAAAGUUACUGCAGAAAACUGUUCACAGACUUGGCCAGUGUCAGAGAUUCCUCAGAAUAUUCUAUUAUAACGAAAAUUGCCAGUGGAGAUUUAUGGUUUGGUUUGUUCCGAGACUCCUGGAAGUGGAUAGACAAGGCUAAUGUGUACAGCAUUCCGUGGAAACAAGGACAACCCGAUAAUAACCAAAAGAAUGACAACUGUGGUUAUUUACUCCAAAAUCAAGUAGAGGAUGGACUCUGUUCAACGAAAAUGUCCUUCUUCUGUUAUUCAGUAAUCACAGGACAAAAGCAAACAAUCAGAGUGAAGAUCCGAUCCGAGCAGGAUGUAAAUGAUUCUGAGGUAAAUGGAGCCAUCUUAGAGAAGAUCAAGGGUAAGCUGAAGGAGAACGGGAUGGGAGAGAAUGUCACAGUGACAUGGAGAAAACAGAAGGACGGAAAGGUGUUUAAAAAGAAGGAAACCGGAAAUUAGCACAAACUUGUUGCAAAUUGAAGGACUAAGAGAAUGAUUGGAAACUGAUUGAAAAUAUUGACAGUUUUGUGAUGCAGUUUUCUGCACACGCAUUUAUUAAUUAGUUCACUAUGUAGACUUUAUGUACAAUUGUCUUUAAUACAUUUAUUGCUAGGCUGAUAAGGUUAAUGUUUGAAGUAGAGCUGCGUUAUAGAGCUAACUCAGAGUUACAAUGAAUCCUAGCAUCUCGGUGUCUAUUUAAAUAAUGACUAGAAGACAAAGUAUAAGUGCUUCUUGGAGUAACUUAUUCAACAAAGAGAUAUGUGAGUGUGGCUUUGUGUUUUCUCUAAUGUUAGCUUAUAAAAGAUAAUAAUGUUUGAUCAAAACUUUAGCUUUCAUAUUUAUUAGUCAAUUUUAUUAGCCAACUUCACAUUAGUCAACAAGAUAAAUAAACUGUGCUUAAGUGAAAUAUUCAAAUGUGUGUUUUUUUCUUGCUCAAUAAAUAUUGUAUUAAGACCAUUACAUAGAUCAUACUGUACUGUAGUUAAUUUAGAUUUGAUGACUAAAAUGUUUUU